AUAUACAUAGGAAAAUGUAAUUAUACUUCACAAAUCACUUCUACUGAAGGGUGACAAUGACUGAAUUUGAUCAUGCUGUCGUUGGGGCGGGAAUAGUAGGAUCAUGGACAGCUCUUCGCCUGCUGGGUUUAGGAAAAAAAGUACUGCUGUUAGAUCAAUUCAGAGAACCACAUACUCGGGGAAGUUCUCAAGGCCAAAGUCGGAUCAUACGGAUAACUCACAUAGAUAAAUUCAUUACAGAAAUGAUGCCUUUAGCAUUCGAAAUGUGGGAAGAAGUGGAAGAAUAUACCAAGAAGAAACUAAUCGUGAAAACUGGAUUUCUGUGUUUGGAUGCAUCUAAAGAAAGUAGUGAUGAUUAUAAGAAAUACGUAAAGUACAUGAAGGAGACCUCCCCAGAGAACUUUGUGGAGUUGACUGCUACAGAAAUGGUAGCUAAAUAUGACGGAAAAAUUAAAUACGAUUCACUUGGCGGAGUCUUUUUGGACAAAACUGGAGGAAUAAUGCUAGCACACAAAGCGCUUCUCACUGUUCAAGAUUUAUAUCGUCUACGUGGCGGCACCUUCUGGGACAACUGCCAAGUAUCUGAAAUUAUCCCUGAAGAAGAAAAGGUAAAGAUCGUAACUGCUAAAGGAGACGUCGUUGUCCGUUCUGUAGUGGUUUGUGCAGGUCCAUGGACUAAGAAGUUGCUCACUCCUACACUAAUUCCUUCUCUGCCACUUCAGCCACUUUUAAUAAAGGUAUAUUAUUGGAAGGAGAAAGUCAAGGGAGCCUAUUCUGCAAAAUCUGGUUUUCCAGCUUUUCUUCAAAUCUCAGAGCCUCAUAUUUAUGGGCUGCCCGGUAUUGAAUAUCCUGGUCUCUUAAAAGUCUGCUUACACGGAGGGCCUGCUAUCAAUGAUCCAGACGAAAGGGACAAAACCCCAACGGAUAACAAAAUACUGAAUAGUCUGAAAGACUACAUUAAAGAGCAUUUACCUCUCCUGGAAACAGAGCCAGUUAUUGUCGAAAACUGCAUGUAUACGAUGACACCAGACGAAGUUUUCAUCAUUGAUAAAUUACCCAAGCAUAAAAAUGUUAUCAUUGGAGCAGGGUUUUCAGGGACCGGAUUCAAGACUGCUCCUAUUUUUGGAAGAUUAUUGAGUGAAAUGGCUGUGGGCGUCGAACCGUUUUUGGAUGUUUCGCAUUAUUGUCUAUCAAGAUUUGAUUCAAAAGAAAAAUUGUAGUAGUAUUUUUGGUACCAUAAUAACUAAAAAAGAACUUAUUUUUGACGAAAUUUCAUAAUUAUAGAACUUUUAGAUUAUUGUUCAGAGGUUUGGGUUUUUUGAUUGACUUGAUUUCGUCUGUGGCAAUGUGUAAGAAAAAAGUUAAUAAAAAUGAAUUUAAUAGUACAUGCUUUCUGAAAAUAUCUUAUGUUGAAUAAAAUAUCUUAUAGUAUUUUCCUGAAAUGUUAUUUCAUGAAUUUCAGUCUGAAGAUUAAAAUUUGGUAAAAUAAUUUCAGUGUUUGAUAACAUGAUAAUAAAGAGCUAUAAAAUGUU